AUGGCGACCUCGUUGACUUGGUUGAGUCGAACGUUUUGUAGAACUUUCCUUGCGUUAGAAGAGCAACUUACUUACAAUCUGAGGCUUAUCUACGAAGGAAUAAAUCCAAGUACUGCCUUAGUAACAAAUAUUGAAUCAUGCCAAUCCACUGGAUUGAGUGAAAGCAAAGAUGAUGGAUUCUUAUUAAUGGCGGUUCCUAAAAAGAGGACUUCGGCUUCCAAAAAGAAGCUUCGAAAUCGGCACAAGUGGCUGAAAAACAGAUCCGAUAUCGAGACUUGCGUUGUAUGUGGAAAUCACAAGCUUGCUAAUCAUCUAUGUGGACACUGCCUGGCAGAAGUGAGAGAAAAAACUUCCGAGUUCCGGAAAGAAAGAAAUGAAAGGGACUAUCAGUGGCCUAUACCUGAGAUACUGCGAAAAUUCAGAACGUAAACGAUGAAGAAAAAAGCUUAAGGGUUGUAGCAAGCAAGUGCAGUAUAUUUUAUGGUCUGAAAAUUUCCGCUGAGAACUCUUAAAAUUUAAAAAAAUUUUCUGUAACAGUAAGUUUGUCAUCGGAUAAACGUAAGUCCUUCUUCGAUUCUUCAGUGUAUGAGCAAGGCUGUAAUUUUAUGCUUUGAGAGCUAAAUUGACUAAAGCAGAGGUGAACACUUUCUCUGGAUUUAUUUCAUAGCUUUUGCCUGGCUAAACCUCUAGCAAGAAACAAAACUAUUUUAAUGUUUCAGUGACUUCCUACUUUGCCCUGACUCAUAUUUAAUGCUUGUGAGAAUAUGAUCUCAGAUGGCUGCCUACCUCAAAUAGCUUUCAUAUCUGCCUCAAAAGCUAGUGAAUCUCAGAAAGAGGUCAAUAAAUUGUUCAAGGUUCUUUUCUCUCUUUCUUAUUUAAAAUUUUGCCCCAAAAGCAUGGUCUGGACCUCAGAUAAGCUGGUCCCUUUCUGGUUCGUCCUAGCUUUAAGCAAGAUGUCAACUUGGGUGUAAACGUCACAUGAGGUUGGGGAAGGUAAAGGGAACUUCAUUUUUUUCCACCCUACACCCUUGAGUUGAAUUUGCUGGAAGGGUUGUUUCAUUGAUUCAAGUCAUUCAACCGAGGGAUGGGGGGAGAGAGUGGUACUUUCAGUUCUCACAUGAUUGACAGAUUUCUUAACUGCGGCGAUCUUGGAAAGCUGAAAAGAAGCAACUCCCAAAGGCCACUGCCAGCUCCCCUUCAUUCAACCAUUGUAUUCACACCGGGGGGAGGUGGUACUUCGCAGUAAUAGCCUAAUGGGGAUGUGCCACUUGAUAGGGUUUCAUUUUCAUUAGAGUUUUCAGAAUGGGAUCACACAUUUUUGGGAUUUGGGGGAUAAGAAAAUUCAGGUAGGUACAGACUUAAGAAUUGGGAAGAAAGAAAGUUCGAGAAGACUGACUUCAUUUUUACUGCAUUGCCCAGGGCAAAAAGAAGAAAAGCCUGUUCCAGGUUCCAAAGGCUAAAGAAAAAUGGCUGAUGGAUCACCCUUUUGAGAGAAGGGCAGGAGAGGAUCGAUGAAUUAUUUCAGAUAAAAAAAAAAAAAAAAAACAGGUGACCAGAUUUGGAACGAAGAACAACAUUCUCGUGUGGAGUUUAUGUUGGUAAUGAAAUUUGAUAGGUGAGCUAGAAUUCUUCCAGAAGUAAGCAUAGUUUUCCAAAUUAAUCAACGCAAACUAUUUCCCAAAUCGUUUUCACGGGGCUGAUUUUAUCGAAUCUUUUUUGUUAUGGGUUAUCAAAUUUCCAUUUGUUAACCAGCAGAUUCAAAGAAAAAAAAAACCACCACCAUUGGCCUUGCACCAAAAAUUUGUGUACAUACCCCACCCUGUCAAUGGAACAAAAGGUAUGUUCCCUUGCAGAGGCUAAAAAUCGCAAAUUCAGGUAGUUUUCAAAAUAGUCCUAUAAUCGCAUUACAGUAAAACAAUAGUUGAAAGUGGAAUGUCACAAGUCGGAGAUUUUUUUAAUUUUCGAUUCUUAAGCUCACAAAUCCAUUCUCCGUAGUCGCUGAUCCUUGUUCCAAAUUGACCCAUAAUUUUUGCCGCCCAGGCAUGCGCACAAGAAAACUGCAUAAUGCAAGAGCUUGCAAGAGUUAUGCAAGAGUUUUGCAAAAGCCGGGAAACAAAGCAGGUUGCGAGCGGUUGCGUGCUGGUUCAUUUCAUUCUAGGUCCCAGAGCAGCUGCCAGAGCUGCCGUCUGAGCCAAAAGCUCGAAGCUCUGGGAACGAGAAUGGAACUGGUUGAGUCGAUUAACGGAGGAGCGAGUUUUCCUGUUGCCUGCGAAAUCGAAGUAAACGAAGCCCCUAGGAUGACUAGUAUAAAUACAGAUGAAGAAGAUACAUUUCCAGUUCUUAAUCGAAGAUCGCCUUGCGUUCAUUCUAGCAGUCUUACACGGUGCGCUUGCGACGAGACGCCAUACUUCGAUGAUGAAGACUCUCCUCUCAUAUCGUGCCAGAAUCAUUCUGAUGGAAGCGACAAUUAUCUGACGGACAUUCAUUGUCACGAAGCAAAGCCUAUCUAUUCAAACGCAAAAGCAAGGAGGAAACUAGUGGUUGCUAGCUUUGUUUGCCUUCUCUUUGUGAUCGCUGAAGCUGUAGGUAAGAUUUGUAGAUCAGAGUAAUCCGAUCAGUAGUCAACUACGGAGGUAUGAGACUUCAGGACAGCCCAGCAUACUCUGAAUUUAAUUUUCUUCUUAUCGAACAAGCUUAACCAACAAAUAUCAAAACAGCACAUUUCUCGUAUGCCUCAUUUGUUGAAGCUCAGAAUUGUUUUGCGCAAUAUCGCGCCUAAGAAAUAUUUCUCCACUGAAAAGCUGUUCCGGUAUUAAAACUUGCCCAGCCAAAUGUCAGAUCAUGGUUAAAAAUAGAAGAGGACAUGGAAGCUGAAGCUCAUUUAAGUUUUGGAUAGUAAAUAUCAUCCAAAGAGUGAUCGAAUUAAAAGGAAAAAUUCACUAAUGUAAAAUUUGAUGCCUCUUGUAUGCUUUAGUGAUCGAACGUACAUGUGAUCAGCUUUACUUUUUCCUAGCUCUUUAUUGUUUCAUUUAUCGUAAACACGGCGAAUUUGUGUCAGGUUGCAAAGGAUCGUUUUGACAACCGGAAGAAAAUAAAUUGAUGUAUGACAUUAAAAUGUCUCUGAUGUUUAAUCAGUACCCGGAAAAUGAUAGACCUGGAGCUAUUGAUAGUGAAUUUAAUACAUCAGUUAAACAAAUAGAUUCCAUGUUGCUGUGCGUCUGUGCAGUAAUAGGGAGCUUAGGCAACUACAGCGUAGUACAUUUCUUUGACAUCUAUUGCACGACUACGACGUGAAACCUCCUAACUGGACGUUUUAUGGGGAACAUGGACAUACGCAGAUGAAUUUUCCUUCCUCUUUUUGAACCUGAAUAAAAUCCUUAAGAAUUCAACUCCAGGAAAAGUCGCCUGCAUUUGACAUAUUGAGGGGGUCCAGAUAGACGUGUUUAAGUCUGAAAGAAUGCAAACUCAUUUUUUUACUGACGUUUUCACUGCCGUCGUCAUCAUCCCUGCGUAAGGUCCCUAAUAGAUCACAGAUGACGUCAAAAUGUGGUAAAAACAAAGAAGUGGCAGACGAGCCACGGGUGAGUGUGUCACUAACGUUUUUACCUCAUUUUGACAUCCUCUGUGAUCUGUUACUUAACAGACCCACGGUAACAUGGAAUCUAUUUGUUUUAUACAAUGAUCAGAAAAGAAAAAAGACAGAUACACAUACCUGCCUCAUACUGCUUGACUAUAAGAUAUAUAUGUAUUAAAAUAUUCAUAGCAUUGAAACUGUCAUAGGUAUCAACCAAAGUAAAAGAUGUAAUACUCAGAACAACAACAAAGACAAAACAAAACUGUUCUUAACAAUCAGUAAAAACAUACUAACGAUACUAACAAGAUUAGUACAUAUGUAAUCAAUGCAUUACUGUGAAAGUGGAUAUGAUUUUCUCAGUAGAAUAAUCAACCCCCUAAGUGGCUGAAAACGAAUGGACACAACGCACCCUCUCCAUUGAGCCAAUCAAGCCAACUGGAGAGCAGGCCAUGUUGAGUUUGUUUUAAACCCGAUGGUGGAAAUGACAUGAAUGGAAAUAUAUGAAAUGAAGUUCAUAUUUUGAACUGUGGAUAAAGAUAUGAAAGUGGAUAUGAGAGGAUCAUAAGGAUAUUACUAGCCUGUUGAUUUUCUUGUUGUGUUUCAUACAGGUGGCCUGCUGGCUGGUAGUCUGGCUAUCAUGACAGAUGCUGCUCACAUGUUGUCAGAUUUUGCUGCAUUUCUUAUAAGUCUUUUUGCUAUUUGGGUGGCACAUUGGCUUCCGGAUAAGAAGAGAACAUUUGGCUACUACAGAGCAGGUAUAUUGAAAUUUAUAUACAUACUUCGUCUGCGAAAAACAGCUGUUUUUCCUCGCUGUGCACUGCUGGGAUGUUUUGCGUGGAGGAACAUCUGCAUCUCAGGGGCAGAAAUUGCAUACUGAUGACGUAAAUCAAUGUAAAUCAUGAUAAAUCUGGUAGUCGUAGGGUUCCAAAUGCAAAUUUGUUCAAUUUUACAUUUCUCUAGGUCGAUUUUGGUUAAGUGUUGUGUUCAUUUGGGAAUAAGGUCCAGCAAAACUUAAUUGCUUCUUCUAGCGAAAACUGUAUUCCAUAAAUAUUGACUAUUUUGUCAGAGAUUCAUUGCAUUUACAUUUGACCUUUGUGGCCUUUUGUCAUUUGUCUGUCAUUCGUAUACAAUAGCUAAAACAAUGUAACUACUCCAUCGACCAAUCAGUGCUUCUGACCUGAUUCCAGACAGAUUUUACGUCAUCCUUAUGGAAUUUCUGUCGCUAGGUCGCAGAUGUUCUUCCUCACAAAACCUCCCCAGGGGUGAGGAGUGAGGGGAAAUGACUGUUUUCACUGGCCAAUAAAUACUGCCAGUUGGACCCCCAUCAAGCGGCCACCAUUGGGGUACCUAGAAGUGGCCACUUAUUGGACAUGGCUGCUUAUUAGGGGUUUGUAAUAAAUUGCAGUAACAUAACGGCACUUUUAUUUUGAAAUAAACACAUGAUGGGAGCAGCACUACUGGUCCACAAUCAAUCGUCUCCUGCCACCUCGGACUGUAUUUUCCUUCACCAGAAAGCCAAUCUAGGUGUAUCAAGUGCUUGAUAGCCCCUUAAUAAAGGUUACAACAAUGGAAGAACUCUCAACAGGAUGGCCAAAAGAUGGCUGCAGCCACUUGCUGAAAGUGGCCGCUUAAUUUGCCAUUUUCACAUAGACCAUAAUGCAGCUUGUUUACUCCUCCAAAUUUUGCAUAACCAUUGUUUCCAAUUCCUCCUGGGUAUUAGUAUAGGUAAUAGCAUGAUUUGUAUAUGAUAUUUGGCAUAUAUACCACUUGUGAUAUUUCAAAAUUGUCUCAAAUUUCACUUGCCUAAUUGCUCGUGAAAUUACAUUUUACAAUUUUGAAAUAUCACUCGUGGUAUUUAUGACUAUGUUAUGACUAUUACAUCUUGUUAACUUUCUACUUUUAUCGAGUGUUUUCACAUGAUGUCACGGCGGCCAUAUUGGUGUGCCAAAACAAUGAAAUGGCCGCCAUGUUGGUGUCCCAAACCAGUCCUCUGGGAGUUGAACUCUUUUCUUAUGCAAAUGCUUUUAUUUCUUUUGCUCCAAUAAAUUUGCACAGAUGCUGGCCAUUUGAGUGAAAACGCUCUAUUAAUACCUUUGUGAACAAUUUUUCUGACACAUUUUUUCUUUCACUGUUUUCAGAGGUUCUUGGUGCUUUAGUAUCAGUACUUAUCAUCUGGGUAUUGACAGGAGUCCUGGUUUAUCUUGCUGUGCAGAGAGUUAUAACACAAGAUUUUGAUAUAAAUGCCGACAUCAUGCUCAUCACUGCAGGAAUUGGUCUUGGGGUAAACAUCUUGUAAGUAACCUUUCAGUCACCUAUGAGAGAUGUACAUCUGGUAUCUGUAAAUAAGCAACCAUCCAAGUUAAAGUUUUUGCUUGGUCGCCAUUUGGCGACCAAUUCUUUUUGUUUAGGGAGACUUUUUUACAAAUCAAGUUGCCAGCUUCAAAAUUUUAGGCACCAUGGAGACUAAAAUGGUCUCAACUUGGAGGGUUGAUAAGGAGCAUAAGCAAUUACGACGGUAACAGAAACUAGAAUGGCAAAAAAAGCAAUAGGUGUACAUGUAGAUUGGCAAAACAACAACUUUGCACGUGCAUCAUGUUUUUUUGUACAUUUCUUUGCAGUUGUUGCACGACUGCAAUGUGAAACUUCCUAAUUUCACGGUUCAUUGAGGUCGUGAACACAAGACAACAAUUUUUUUUCUUUUUUUGUGUGACUAUUUACUCUUUGUUUCAUUUUGAGAGAACAAAUAAGCUUGACUGUAAUUAUUACUUGUAUUGGCAACUUUUAUUACUUACUUGCCCCCUGAAAUACCGCGUGACAUGGCUUUUAUUCCAUCAAUUCCAAACUGCAUGCAAAGAUAGUGUGUAUAUAAAUUGUGAAUAUUGUCUGUUGACUUGAGUUUCAGUAUUUUUGAAUACUUUGUUCUCACUGUUGCAGGCUUGGCAUAAUUCUCCACCAGACAGGAAUGGGACAUAAUCACAGCCAUGGGAUGGGUAGUAGUCACGGCCACGGCCACAGCCACAGUAGCAACAAGGAAGAAUCUAUUAGAAGAAUAUCCAGAAGCAACAGCCUGCGUCAUUCAGAAAAACAGAACAUCAAUGUGCGAGCAGCAUUUAUACAUGUUUUAGGAGACAUUGUACAAAGUGUUGGUGUUCUUAUUGCAGCCUACAUUAUUAAAUUUAAGGUAAUUCAGAGAAUGUAGUGUUUUUAGGGUGGAGGUUGAUUGUGACACCUUAUGAACUCUUUUACUUAAGUACAGUACACAAGGUUUGUUCUGAUGUUUAAAUAAUCAUUACAAGUGUAGUAUCCCUUGUAAAAAUAUACAGGUUACUUGUAUAUAAUAUGCAGUUUAAUCUUUUGACGUUAUUAUAAGAUUACGGAGUAAUAAUAAGUUAGAAUUUUGAAAAUUGCACAGGGUUUUUUAAGCUAUUGGUAGCAGUAGGGCAUUCAUUUAGAAUACCCUCAAUGUCUUCAGUGUGUCAAGACACUGCACUGGCUUAGUGAACUCAGAGGAUUGUUCCAGAUUUUUGGUAGUUGUCAUCAGGUUACCAGUUCAGCCCAAAAAGCGAAUAAACUCGAAACAAUGCAAGAAAACAAAGUCCAUAUGAGUGACUGUGCUUUGAAAGCACUGGAACUAAGAACUUUGCAACUCUUUGGAGGGUUUUCACAAAGCCUUGCAGGGUUGUCGCUAACAUUUCAAAUUGCCGGGUUUAAGCAUUUAUUAGUAGUAGGGGUAAUGUACAGCUAGGAAGUUCUUUUGGUUCUCUUUCCAAGUUUGUUUCCUAUGAAAGUAGCAGGGGCUCCUGCUCCCAGUAGCUGGGGAAAAUCCCCGACCCCUGGCCCUUAGUGACAGCCCUGCCUCGGAAAAUCUUUGGAAAUCUCUAGGCUUCUUUGAUCAACUGGACCUCUGUGUGGAAUCCCCAGUGGUUCUCUUGAGAUAAAACUCUCUUGGUUGUCUUUGACUCUAGAAAGGUUGGCAGAUACAAAGUUAACUGAUUUUUCAUAAACAGCUCUUGACAUUGUCCUAAAUGCUUUUCUGUUGUUGUAUUCAACAGCCAGAGUGGAAGCUUGCUGAUCCAAUUUGUACAUUUGUCUUCUCUUUGGUGGUUCUUAUAACUACAUUGAACAUACUUAAGGAGACGAUUCAUGUCCUUAUGGAAGGUAGGAGAUGACAAAAUAAUGUAUCACCAUGACAGCUGUGCUCUAGCAGGGCCCAAUGGCCCCUGGCACCUAAGUGUUGCUCCAGGGCGACUGGAAAAUCUUAGUUUUUUUUUUUCAUAGAAAUCAUAUUAUAGGCACUGUGCGUAACACAGGUUUAAAGCACUGGGCUUGCUUCAGUUUUUCUUAGGGUACAGCCUUUAUCACCUUUUCUGUAUAUACAUGUAUCUAAUUAUUGCUUUAAACUUAAUAGUAGUGAAUAUCCUCUUACUCUGACUUCAUUAUGCCUAGGUUUGACAUUAGUACGGAGCUUAAGCAACAACGUUGGCAAUGCCUACUAAAACACUUGUCGGGCAAUUUUUCAGGUGCUGAAUUCUAAGUAACUAUAUUGAAGUUCAAAAAAAAGAAAGAUAGUUGUUGCCUUGUGGUCAUAAACUCCACAAAACGUGAAAUUAGGCGCUUUCACGUUGUGUUCAUGCAAUGACUUUACGCAGUGUUUGUUUUGCCAAUCUAAACCUAUUUUUUUUUUUUGCCGUUCUCAUUGCCAUUGUUGUUGUUGUUUCUUAAGCACCCUACAGUAGCAUUUGGUAAGCUUAGUUUGCAGCAUCUUGCCUGUAAGAUGAUUCUGGGCUUAGUUACAUUAAAAAACAAAUCAAAAAGGAAACAAGUAGGCCAGGGGAUGUUAUUGGAUAGGUGUCAGUGAAAUUCUGAUUAACUGCUUAUUCUCCGCACCAUUUCCCUUGUAUAUGCUUGUGAAUCGUAAGGAGAAUUCAAUACUAGAUCAGGAGUUUAUUCCGUGGACUUAUUGUAUUUAUUUAUUAAAUACUGGUUUCUUUGUGAAAAUUAGUAUGGGGUAUUUUUUGAUAGUCGACAAAACUUAAGUUCAUCUGAAUUGUCAAUUACAGCAAUUUUAUUAACAUUAUUUCAUUUCUUUUUGCGAUUAGGGACACCAAAAGACAUCAAGUAUAACUCUGUCAAGAUGUCACUGGAGAGCAUCGAAGGUGUUGUCGCUGCACAUAGUUUACACAUCUGGUCUCUAACAGUCAACAAGGCAGCUUUGGCUGUACAUCUGGCCAUAGGUAUCUGAGUACCAAUGAGAAAUUAUUGUGUUAAGGGGGUAGUUUAGUAAAUUUCAAUAAUAAUUUAUUAUUGUUGGGGAAUAGGGCAUUUCCAAAUUACCACACGCGCAUGCAAUCCUUUCAAUACCAAAUAACAGUCCCACUUGAAUAUCUCACAAUUUUGUAUAUUUAUGUGAAUGUUUCAAUAAUCAACCAACCAAAAUCACUACUGUAACCCAUUUUUCUGGUAGAGACAUCACCAGACAGCAUUAGUGGCUAGGUUAUUGAGAUGUUUGCAAUUAGAGACAGCUGAAAUUCAGGCUCUCACCAGCAAAUCAUAAGGAGAGGGAUUAAGAGUGGGUUGAGGGUUAAGUUUCACGAUAUUCAAUUUGAACUGUUUUACUGAGCAUAAGGUUAAGAGACUCAUUAAGACGCACUAUGUUAAAGAGGCCUAUAGCGACCUGUCAUGAGCUAUUGUAGAUUAUUUUUUUCCACUUUUAUUCUCUCUUUUUACUUCUUACUUGUUAUGAGUUACGCUAAAUUACUUUUUAGGAAGGAAAUGUAACAAAUGAUCAAGCUUUAGUAUAUAGAGAGUAUGUAAUAUAACUUUUGUUUAAGUCUUAUUCGAGUGUUAUGUGUAUUUGAUCAAAUCUUUUAAUGUUAAAAUGCACAAAAAAACAACAAUUAUUAUUAUUAUUAUUAUUAUUAUUAAGUAGUGCCUGGUGUUAUUCUGUUUUACUGCUUUGUAUAUGUCAUGGAUUCAACCAUUUAUUACUGUGGAUUUUUCAUGCCUUGACUUGGACAAAAUAAUAUUGCUUUCCACAGUGUUUUGAAAUAUACUCUUGUUAUCUUGUUACAAUUUCAGAACAAGGGCAUGACUCUCAGAAAGUUCUCAACAUAGCAAACCAGAAGUUGAAGAAUGAGUUUCGCAUUUUCCACAGCACCAUACAAGUGGAACUGUACCAGGAAUCUGUCAUGACCAACUGUGUCGAUUGCCAAGACUUACAAGACUAGAUCCCAUGUUGGCAAAAUUUGACAUAUCUAAACCAGUUAAAGGAUCAUACACUGAAAGUUCAUCCAAGGCUCUGUAAAAGUUUUUAAGCAGUUCUUAGUAAGUUAUUAGUUGACAUGAGUAAUCCUCUCACAAAGAAUAAUUCAUUUAUGACUUUUUUAGCUAACACUGUAGGUUCUAUUGUGCCACAAAUGUAUCAAAAAAGUUUUUAUUGUUUACAAAAGUGAAUGCGGCUUGCUUACCUGAAAUGUAAGUACAGUGAGUAGGGCAUUCCAUGUGAUAAUAAGCUUGCAAGUGUAGUUUUUUAAGAGUUUUUAUCUUGACAAGGUUGUCCCCAUAAUGACUUAAUAGGAACAGUGUAUGAUCAGUGGCUUUGACAAGAAAGCUGUCAUAAGAUCAUAAUUUUGAUAGCGAGAUCAGUUACAGUUGAGUAUCACUUUCAUACGUAGAAUUAUGCACUGCAUUUUAGGGGAGUGUUUAAGAGGUCAAGGUUACUGUGUUUUUUUCUACAACACAUUUUCAAUGUAAUGCUUGAGCUGUAAAAUUCUGGAUCAUCAUAUGUUUCUGGCAAACUGCCCACCUACCCCUCCACUAAGCCAACAUCGACACUUACUUCUCACUUAGGGCAAAAUGUUGGCUUAGGGGAGGGGUAGGUGGGCUGUUUCCCAGAAAUGUAUUAUGAUCCGAAUUCACAACAGUCGGUCAUUGGACAAUGUCCAGCAAAAUCCUAAUUGUGAUCAGACAUGAUGUCUGGACAGAUCAAAUACUAAUGACUCAUUAUAAAGUUGAAAGAUUUAAUAGUAUUUAAAAAAAUUGAAAGUCAGUGUUACCUAUGCCACCUGGUUUGUUUGACUAAAAAUAUUAAUAGUGAUGUUGUCGCACAGAAAAUUGUAGCCCUGAUAUCCACCAGUAACCCUUACCUCUCACAGGGUUGUCACUAAGAGUUCAAGUUGCCGGGUAAAUACAACAUGUAGGCAGGGAAUCAAACAGCAACAGGUUUCUUUUGGUUCUAUUUUUCUUCUAUUUCCCUUGAAAGUAGCCGGGGCCCACGUCCAUAGUACCCAGGGAAAAUCCCCGGCCUCUGCCUCUUGGUGACAGCACUGCUCUUAGAACUAAGUGUUCUGCCAAAAAAAGUACAUUUGUUGUGCAUUCUAUGCCUGACUGUGAAACUUGAUGAUCAAUACAUUCAUGAUUUACAAGAGAAAACAGAGAAAUCUUAUCAUAAAAGAAUAACAGACUGUCCCCCAUUCCUGUGAACCAAGGCACAAACUUGAGGCUCAGGUGACAAAAUGUAGCGAUUUGUACGAAAUUGUCCACCCUAGUCUUGCCUUGUCUUUGUGUUUUUGCACUGGAACAGAAUAAGGGACAGGUCAUUUAUUUAUCAUUGAUUUUUAGAAUAAAAAUAAAUUAUAUGUAUAUGUAUAAUCAAGGCUAAUAAAC